AUGGCAGAUGCUAAAACCUGCUGGCUUGGAGCAGCCUCCUCUCUCACCCUUUUCUUUGUUCUAAUCUGUUGUGUUGAUGCAGCUUCAAUCGAACCUUAUCAGCUGCUUCAGAAAAACCCAGACUACUUAGUGAAAAAUUUACAAAGGCUCCCAAGCCCAGAUAUGAUCAAAGCCUUGGAAUAUAUAGAAAAUCUCCGCAAACAAGCUAACAAGGGAGAAAAUGGCCCAGAUUACAAUUUCUAUCAAGGUGCCCCAUUUCUUCUGCAGCAGAAAGAAAGCAAAGAUCAGAGCCACCUAGCAGAUAAUAUAAGAGAUUCUUUGACUGAAGAUGAGUCACAAUGGGUUAGGUCAAUGUUUGAAGCCUUGAGGCAAACAGAAAAAGAGUCAAAGGCUGGAUCAAAAGAAAAUAAACCAUAUACUAUGAGUUCAGAUAACUUUCCAGCUGGCGUGAGUGAUGAUUAUGAGGCUUAUAAGUGGCCUGAGAGACGACACAAAUAUGUCAAAAUGCCACAUGUACAUGAUGAAGAAAGUUCAAGAGACAGUCCUUUCAAGCGCACCAAUGAAAUAGUAGAAGAACAAUAUACACCCCAAAGCCUUGCUACUUUGGAGUCUGUCUUUCAGGAGCUGGGGAAGAUGACAGGACCAAAUAAUCACAAAAAAGAGAGGUUGGAUGAGGAUCAGAAAUUGUACACAGAAGAUGAAGAUGAUGUAUAUAAAGUGAAUAAUAUUGCUUAUGAAGAUGUAGUGGGAGGAGAAGACUGGAAUCCAAUAGAGGAAAAAGUGGAAAGCCAAACGCAAGAAGAGAUAAAAGAUCAUAAAGAGGAAAUUGAUAAAAAUGAAGAAGUGAUUGAUGAUGAAAUGAAGAGAUCAGGGAAACAAGGCUUCCUGGAGGAUGAAAUGGGGAGAGACAGUAAAGAUCAAAUGUCAGAUGACAUUACAAAGCUAAUGAAUUAUUAUCUGAAGAGGCUGAUGAGCAAUAUUGGAAAUGGCAGGUUAAGGACUGGACAUGAAGAAAAAAGGGCAGGUACAUUUUUGGAAAAACUUGAUCCUCAGUCUAUCUCUCAACUAAUAGAAAUCUCAAGGAAUUUACAAAUCCCACCAGAGGAUUUACUAGACAUGUUGAAAACUGGAGAAAAGCAGCAGCAGAGUGAAAGGGUGGAGACAGAACAAGAACCAGAGCUCCCAGAAGAUCUUGAGGAUGACAUCUCUGAAACAAAUCUAGACCACAAAGAUAGAUUUAAAAAUAAAAUGAACCCUAAAAAUGGUUACAUGAAGCAGCCAAUUAAUGUUAUGCUAGAUAAUCUACCUGAAGACCUCAAUAUUGAAGAUAUUGUCAAUCUUUUAGGGACUGAUAAUUUAGCUAAUCAGAAAACCUCCUACUUUGUAAAUCAGCUUAAUGAAGAGAACAGUUUGCCAAGACUUUCCUACAAUCCCAGAAGACCUAAAGGAUAUCAACUUCCUAAAGCUGCUUGGAUUAAUGAUUUGGAAAGACGACAAAUGGAAUACGAAAAACUAAAUGAAAAAGAUGAAGAACUAGCAGAUUACUUGGCAAAUAUGUUGGCAAAAUACCCUGAAGUUAUCAAUACAAACCAGCUGAAACGUGUUCCAGUCCCAGUUUCAUCUGAAAAUGAUCAACAGGAAGACGACCAGCUUGAGCAAGCAAUCAAAGAACAUCUAAAUCAGCUGGGACCACAAGAAUCUGAUAAACUAGCCUCACUCAGCAAAAGGCUGUCCAUGGCCCGGGAGAAUGACGACACACAAAACAGGCAGUAUCUGGAUGAAGAUAUGCUAGUGAAGGUGCUAGAGUACCUAAACCAGGAGCAAUCAGACAAAGGAAGAGAUCACAUUACUAAAAGGGCAAUGGAAAAUAUGUAA